AGGUGGGCGGGGCGGGAGGCGGAAGAGCCGCGGUGCGCAGCUGCGUCAACGGCCCUUCGCAGCGGGCGCGCUGUCAGACCUCAGUCUGGCGGCGUCGUUGCUGGGCGCGCCGCUCUCGGCUGAUCCCUGCUCGGGGGGAUGGUUGCCCGGGCAGGAUCCUUUACGAUCCCUUCUCGGUUUCUCCGUCGUCACAGGGAAUAAAUCUCGCUCGAAACUCACUGGACCGCUCCCAGAAAGGCGAAAAGAUAUUCAAGAGUCCUUCCAUUUUCCUUCCAGUGGGCACCGAGCCCAGCAUUUUCGGCAACCGCUGCUGGCAGUUUUGCCAGGUGUUUGUUACCUUGAAAAAUGGCUACUGGACAGGAUCGAGUGGUUGCUCUCGUGGACAUGGACUGUUUUUUUGUUCAAGUGGAGCAGCGGCAAAAUCCUCAUUUGAGGAAUAAACCUUGUGCAGUUGUACAGUACAAAUCAUGGAAGGGUGGUGGAAUAAUUGCAGUGAGUUAUGAAGCCCGUGCAUUUGGGGUCACUAGAAGUAUGUGGGCAGAUGAUGCUAAGAAGUUAUGUCCAGAUCUUCUACUGGCACAAGUUCGUGAGUCCCGUGGGAAAGCAAACCUCACCAAGUACCGGGAAGCCAGUGUUGAAGUGAUGGAGAUAAUGUCUCGUUUUGCUGUGAUUGAACGUGCCAGCAUUGAUGAGGCUUAUGUAGAUCUGACCAGUGCUGUACAAGAGAGACUACAAAAGCUACAAGGUCAGCCUAUCUCAGCAGACUUGUUGCCAAGCACUUACAUUGAAGGGUUGCCCCAAGGCCCUACAACGGCAGAAGAGAUUGUUCAGAAAGAGGGGAUGCGAAAACAAGGCUUAUUUCAAUGGCUUGAUUCUCUUCAGAUUGAUAACCUCACCUCCCCAGACCUGCAGCUCACCGUGGGAGCAGUGAUUGUGGAGGAAAUGAGAGCAGCCAUAGAGAGGGAGACUGGUUUUCAGUGUUCAGCUGGAAUUUCACACAAUAAGGUCCUGGCAAAACUGGCCUGUGGACUAAACAAGCCCAACCGCCAAACCCUGGUUUCACAUGGGUCAGUCCCACAGCUCUUCAGCGAAAUGCCCAUUCGCAAAAUCCGUAGUCUUGGAGGAAAGCUAGGGGCCUCUGUCAUUGAGAUCCUAGGGAUAGAAUACAUGGGUGAACUGACCCAGUUCACUGAAUCCCAGCUCCAGAGUCAUUUUGGGGAGAAGAAUGGGUCUUGGCUAUAUGCCAUGUGCCGAGGGAUUGAACAUGAUCCAGUUAAACCCAGGCAACUACCCAAAACCAUUGGCUGUAGUAAGAACUUCCCAGGAAAAACAGCUCUUGCUACUCGGGAACAGGUACAAUGGUGGCUGUUGCAAUUAGCCCAGGAACUAGAGGAGAGACUGACUAAAGACCGAAAUGAUAAUGACAGGGUAGCCACCCAGCUGGCUGUGAGCAUUCGUGUACAAGGAGACAAACGCCUCAGCAGCCUGCGCCGCUGCUGUGCCCUUACCCGCUAUGAUGCUCACAAGAUGAGCCAUGAUGCAUUUACUGUCAUCAAGAACUGUAAUACUUCUGGAAUCCAGACAGAAUGGUCUCCUCCUCUCACAAUGCUUUUCCUCUGUGCUACAAAAUUUUCUGCCUCUGCCCCUUCAUCUUGUACAGACAUCACCAGCUUCUUGAGCAGUGACCCAAGUUCUCUGCCAAAGGUGCCAGUUACCAGCUCAGAAGCUAAGACCCAGGGAAGUGGCCCAGCGGUGACAGCCACUAAGAAAGCAACCACGUCUCUGGAAUCAUUCUUCCAAAAAGCUGCAGAAAGGCAGAAAGUUAAAGAAGCUUCGCUUUCAUCUCUUACUGCUCCCACUCAGGCUCCCAUGAGCAAUUCACCAUCCAAGUCCUCAUUACCUUUUCAAACCAGUCACAGUACAGGAACUGAGCCCUUCUUUAGGCAGAAAAGUCUGCUUCUAAAGCAGAAACAAUUUAAUAGUUCUUCAGUUUCUUUCUCCCCACAAAACCCAUGGUCCAACAGUAAAGCAUUACCAAACUCUUUACCAACAGAGUAUCCAGGAUGUGUCCCUGUUUGUGAAGGGGUGUUGAAGCUAGAAGAGUCCUCUAAAGCAACUCCUGCAGACAUGGAUUUUGCCCACAACAGCCAAAGCAUGCAUGCCUCUUCAGCUUCCAAAUCUACACUGGAGGUGACUCAGAAAGCAACCCCAACUCCAAGUUUUCUAGCUGCUGAAGACCAAGUGCCCUGUGAGAAGUGUGGCUCCCUAGUACCGGUAUGGGAUAUGCCAGAACACAUGGACUAUCAUUUUGCAUUGGAGUUGCAGAAAUCCUUUUUGCAGCCCCACUCUUCAAACCCCCAGGUUGUUUCUGCCGUAUCUCAUCAAGGCAAAAGAAAUCCCAAGAGCCCUUUGGCCUGCACUAUUAAACGCUCCAGGCCUGAGGGCAUGCAAACAUUGGAAUCAUUUUUUAAGCCAUUAACACAUUAAUGCUGCCCUCAGGCUUGCCUUUAGGAUUUAGUAUUUUUUAUCUUUACAGAUCUUUAUCUUUAAUAUUUUAUCUUUACAGAUUUCCCUGAGAAGGGGAAUUAUGAAAUUUUUAAUACAAAAAAUAAUCCAUUUA